AUGGCCCGAGUUGUGAGGAGAGCUGCCUCGGCUGCGGCCUGGCGCGCCCCCAGCCGGGCCAUCCAGAGGAGAGCUCGAAAGCACAAGGUUAUUAUGGAGUCGGUAACCCAGGAGAAGAAAAAGUUGCGAAGCGUUAUCUGUUUUGAGGCAAAAGCACCUACGGGCUAUACCUUCAUCCCCGCCGGAAACCCACUCCUAACUACAGCCUGCAAGGAGCAGUGUCGGAAAGAAGGCUCCCAAAUUUAUGCAGUUUCGACAACCCCUCAUAUGCAUACUCACAAUCUCUCUCAACAUGUCCACCGCAUAGGCUAUCAUUUUCCUAGUACGGUGGUAGCGGCAGUAUGCUCGGAGCUCGGAUUAUAUCUCACCAGCACAGGAAAGGCAGUCUCCUUCCACACACUUGGUACAGUAGAUGAUCGCCGCCCACCGGACUCCGAGGUCUCCCAAGAGGUGAUCAAUACAGAGGCAAGGGACGCGAUCAAGGAUUUAUUUCCCAAUGUUCCAGACAAGGAUCUAUUUCAGAUAAUCAAAACUUCAUUUCAAAAGGGUCAACGCAAAGUCGGUACGGCAUCAGAACUACCUUUAGCUCGCCGAGCCCAGUUGGCAGUGGUGGCCCAUGUCCGCCACCUCUACACUGACUAUGACCGGCUUCUUAGACAGGGGUCAUUCCAGGAAGCCAGAUCUGCGGUUGAGCAACCCACCCUGGCCAAGGUUGUUGCAUGGCGUGGUGAUGAUGAGAAUGGCGAGACUGUCCUGGAGGAUGUUUUCCGGGAAGUCAUCGUCAUAUCAGAUGAUGAGGACAGUGAAACCGAAGAAGAAUCAACCACUACCGCCCACCGGGACUACAGCGUGGAGAUUCUGUCCAACACAGCCGGGACCCAUGAGAUUCAGACCCAGCCUAUAAGUGCGGACCUUGUAACCAGCCAGGAUCCCACCCAGGAGCUCUCCGAGGAGGCGCCACCUGGUUUCCGCAUUAUCCCUGAACAGAAAACCAUCGAUCGACGAGGAUUUAGCAGAUAUCAAGCCUGGAACCGCGCUUUGCAUAGAUACCGAGCUGAGGCUCAACGCACCGAGCAGCCCCGGCUUGGUGACAUCUCCCCGGAACAGCAAAGCCCUCUAUAUGCGAAGCGACCUGCUGUCACUCAGGAGAACUCGGAGCCUAUCAGGCGCCGGGAAAUCCCUAAUACCAUGGAAUCCACUCCUAGAGUCAUCGCAGGCCCUCUCUACGGUAAAACCUUGGCUCAGCGAUUGCCUGCAGGCAGGAGUCACGUAGGUACUCUGGAAAGGCGUGUUCCAUCAGAAGGCGAGCGCCUAUUCCCCCAGUUUGGGCCUAUGGGAAGGCCCCCAGCACUAACCACGCAGAAGCCGCAUGAGAUACGCCUUAUGGAAACAGCUCCUCGUUGGAACGUCCACACCAAUCACCCACAAGGUAAACCUCAGUCGGUUGUUGACUCAACGCGACUUGAAAGGAUUCAUCUGCCACCACAUGACCGAGUCAAUGCACCCAUGUUUGUGAGCGGGCCUAAAGAAUCGCAACAGCGCAAUGAAAGCCAAUUUGGUCCCAGGAGUGAAGCCCUGAUGCCCUCCCAAGUCCGGCCAGGAGCAAUUUCCCAGGAUCAUGUUCUCCCUUCUAUUGAAACUCCUUGGCCCUUGGAAAAACGGCGCCCGGAGUUUCGUUUAGAGCAUUUGACUAAAAGGAUGUCGCUCCGUUCUGUAACACCAGUUCACCCAGGAGAAAAUCAUGGCAGUGGAUCUGGCCCAGGUAGCCCGGAUGAUCAAAACUGCAAGAGAAGAAGAUUGACAUACUAUGCUGGUCCUCAACCCGAUACUCGUUCCGAUCCUUGGAAUGCAAGACCCAUUGGAAUCCCGGUCUCUGAAGAGCAAGUGCCAAAGGUCCAUUAUCGCCGCGAUGAACUCGGACCUGAGCAUCGUCCACAGGAUACGCAAUAUCUCCGUCGAGAUCAUCUCCCUUCAGGGGAACAGCCUUUGCUUAUAGGACACCAGCGUGAAAGACAGCCUGGUUUCUUUGUUCCACAGGUCAUCAGCUUGGAUUCUAGACGGGAAUUGGAUCGCACACGUCCCGUUGAUCCACUGGGGCAUAUUUCCAUGCAUCCCUUCCAGUCCUCUACCGGAACCAGUGGCAUGGUGACAGCUGGUGAUCGAGCAUUUAGAGCGGUCCCGGAUGUCCCUCGCCCUGAAGUUCGCUCGUACUAUGAUGAUCGUAGCCCCCACAUGGAUCAGGCCCGUCCUUCAACUCUUGAGGAAUUCCGUCCAUCCCCCUGGAAUCCCCAUAUUGAUGGUGAACGUCCUCUGGCUCAUAAUGCUCCCCUUGGAAAACAGUACGCCGAUGGCUUUGUUCGUUCCGUUGAUGUUCGCGAGGCUCGCCCAGCUGACUAUUUUGUUGAACGCCCACGACCCCACUCUACUCGUGGGGGAGACAAUCUCAUCCAGCCAAGCCGGACCAGGAUUCCCGACCCAAUGCUUGCCAAGGAUUAUAACCAGCCUCGGGCGUCCUCCGAGCAACGUCUCCCAAGUCCCCGAGUGACGCAUAGUUCUCACCAGACAUUCAGUCAUCCAGAGACUAUUCCUGGGACUCGCCUUCCUCACGGACGUGUGCCGACCCCUCGGGAAAGACGGCCUGGCAGCGGGCUUAGCAACGCGCGACGCGUGCAUGAUCCCCGAACAUUUCAAAUGGCGGAACAGAACCGCCCUAUCUAUGUGCAACGAGUUGAAUCGCAGCCGCCUCAAUAUUCGAUGUCGGACGGAAGGCCUGUGCUCGUGAUGGAUUGA